UAAACUGCAAUUUUAUAACAAAUUAAUAAUAGAAAAAGUCUCUUUAAUAUAAACAAACUAAUACUGUCUGUGCUUUUCUUGGAUUUUUUUGCAUUUAAGAAAUAUCAGCAUCCACGUUUAGGUUUGCAGUGAAAAUAGCGGCCCCUGCUGUUCAAAAAAUGUAUUGCGAUUCAGUUCAAGCCUCAACCGAUUUGAAUCGUCGCUCAUUAUAACCGAUUUUCAACCGGCUCACGGUGAAUCGUUACAUCCCUAGUAAAAUGGCUAUUAAAUAGUAAAAAAGCAAAAUAAUUGGCUGGCGUUUUGAUUCGACAUGUCAAGUGACAUGUCAUGUGGCACCUUGAACUAGGGGUGUGCGAUAUGACGAUAUUUGAUCGCGAACGAUUAAAAUGACAGCACGAUCCACUUUUUCGGAAAAAUCGUUACAUCGUCCUAUAUAGUGCACGACACGUUAUAUCCGUUGCUGUUCUAUUGAUUUCGUCAACAUCCGUGCGAUAGAUGGCGCCAAGUUAACAAACUCGUGUACGUUGCUCGUAAAUUUAGUGAGAUUAAGCGACGCAGUCAGUGACGAUGGAGGGAAACGCGGAGCAGUUGGUCCCUAAAAAAAAUUCAACAUCUGUAAUAUGGAAAUGGUUUGGUUUUUCCCCAACAGACACAGCGCAAACAGCAGUUAUUUGCAAAUGUUGCAAUGAUAAGAUUCGCACGUCGGAUGGCAACACAACAAACCUUUUUAACCACCUCAAAAGAAAGCACCCGAAAGAGUAUGCCGACAGUCAAAUUAUAACGGGACCCCACGCGAGAACAUCAGGUACAACCAAGCAGCCAGAAACUACAAGGCUUAAACAAACGACUUUAACGAAAGACGCAUUUGAGAAAGGAACUCCGUAUGACAGAACGAGCAAGCGCUGGAAAGAUGUAACUGAUGCGGUGACAUUUUACCUGGCCAAAGACAUGAUUCCCAUAAAGACUGUGGAAAAUGAGGGCUUUAAAAGACUGCUCAAAGUCGUAGAUCCACGUUACGAAAUACCCAGCCGCAAAUAUUUUUCUUCCACGGCCAUUCCACAACUUUAUUCCGAGUGCCGCAGCAAGAUGCAAAACAAAAUUCAAAACGUAAAGUUUUUUGCUACAACAGCUGAUUUAUGGUCUAGCCGUACGUCAGAGCCUUAUUUAAGUCUGACGGUUCACUUUAUUCAUGACUGGAAGUUGUGCAGUGCGUGUCUAGAAACAACAUAUUUCCCACAAGAUCACACGGGCGAGCUCAUAGCGCAAGGCCUCAGGGACGCGCUUGAAUGUUGGAGACUGAAAGAAGCAAACAUGACCUGUAUGACGACAGAUAGCGGGGCCAAUAUGGUGAAGGCAUUGGAGCUCAACAGCUGGACUCGUCUGCAGUGUUUUGGGCACAGACUCCACCUAGCCAUCGAAAAAAGUGCCAAAGACCCUCGUGUUGAACGUGUAACAUCGGUUUGCAAGAAAGUCGUCAGUACAUUCUCCUUCAGCUGGAAGAAAAAGAGGGACUUAAGUAAUGCUCAAACUGAGCUAAAGCUACCUCAACAGAAGCUCAUCACCGAGUCCCCAACACGAUGGGGUUCGAGACUCAACAUGAUCGAGAGAGUGCUUGACCAGGAAAAGGCCAUUUCUCAGGUCCUGAAGGCAGACAAGAAGACUAGGCAUUUGGUCCCGUCAUGGCAAGAUGUUGACGUAAUGGAGUCUGUGAAAAAGGCAUUGAGUCCACUGAAAGACUUUACUGAUGCACUCUCAGGUGAGGACUAUGUGAGUAUAUCUUAUGUAAAGCCAGUGCUUCACCUGUUGAAAGUCAACAUUUUGAGCCUGAAUGAUGAAGACACUGAACUAACAAAAACAAUGAAGACAAGCAUUCUCGCAUACCUCACUGACAAAUAUCAGGACCCCACCACUGAUGACCUGCUGGACAUGGCUUCGCUUGUCGAUCCCAGGUUCAAAACACAAUACAUAGACAAAGACAAGAUAGAGGGAAUACAAACCAGAGCUUUGUCUGAGCUGGAGUCUUUGCUGACCAUACAGUAUCCAACAUCAGAUCAGCAGCCUACAUCUAGUACCUCAACCUCCACAUCACAGAGCCCUGAUGAGGGUCAGACACCACCCAAGAAAGCAAAACAAUCACUUGCCAGCUUUUUAAAAGCCUCAGGUGUUGUAAGUGCAUCUGCAGCCACAACAUCAGCUUCCUCAUCUCUAAAAGAGGCAAUAGAAGGAGAAUUGAAGGGAUACUUGUCCACACCAAAUGCAGAAAGUGAGGUGGAUCCACUGGGAUGGUGGAAAGUCCAUGAGGCAAACUUUCCAAGAGUUAGCCAACUUGCUAGAAAGUAUUUAUGCAUUCCAGCCACAAGUGCUCCCUCAGAAAGAGCCUUCAGUACUGGUGGCAAUAUUGUCACCUGCCAAAGGGCAACUCUCAAGCCAGAUAAAGUGAAUCAGCUGGUUUUCCUUUCUAAAAAUUUGUGACUGUGAUUAGUUAUACUGUGUGUUAUUUUAGAAAUUGAUAUGUUCCAAAGCUGCUAAGUUUACAAGACUCAGGACUCAGGUCAGGAAAUAUUUUUGUACCUUUAUUGUUUUGGUUCUGAAACACGUUGCACUUUGAAAAAUCUACUAAACAGAUUACGAAAGGUAGUUUACAUUUUGUAUGUGUGUUUUUGUUUUUACCUUUGGAAGCCAAUGUUUAUUUUUUGGGAGUUAUGCUAAAGUCUGUGCACUUGCAUUUAUUUAACUAGACCAAGUACAUUUUUAUUUAAACAUUAUUUAACUUUGUAAAAAAUAAGCUAUUUACAUUUUUGAACCUGUUUGCUGGGAUCUAUGUCUAAUAAGCUGUCUGACUGUUACAACUGUUAGAUUUAUUAAACCAAUGUUCAUUUUGUGAUGUUCAUUGUAAUGCAAGUCUUGUUGAAUGUUCAUACUUUCAGAAUUGCACUUGCAUUAAAUCUUAACUUGAUUAAAAUAUUCUUGAAAAUAUAAAUGGUGAAGAGUAUGUUUUUAUAUGGGGACAUUAGUUUGGCUGUAUUGUAGCUCUGUAAUUUGCAAAAUAGUCUUAAAACCUACUUGAAAAAGAACCGGGAUAAAAUCGUGAAUCGUGAUGUAUCCAGAAAAAAUCGUGAUUUGAAUUUUUUUCUAUAUCGCCCACCCCUACCUUGAUCUGUACACAGAGUACACACACUGUACCUUUGCUGAUGCCAAAGUUUCAAUCAUACUCAAAGCUCUCUGUGACGUAGUUUAUGUAUAAUUACAAUGUCGUGAGAACAAAUAUAUUCAUAGGCACAGGGUGUGUAGUCCUUGCCCUGGCCACGGGCAUGAUGUGCGUGUGCAUCUAUGCAAACAGUUAAAUACAAUUGCCAGGGUUUUUCCUGCAUAGAGAAAUUGGAGGCGGCCGCCUCCAUCUAAUGUCGUGCCGCCUCAGGCUCUCGCCAAAAUUAUGUUGUGAGACUUCACAAGAAAUGCUGGGUGCAUUUAAGAGACUGUCAUUUGUAACUGCAGUUGCGACAUUACGCCACAGUGGAGGCGUUGUUUCGUUAUCAGCACACUGAGGCGCUAAAAAGAGUUCCAGAACAAGAGCUAGCUGCGUUUCACGGCUGUUUGUUUUGCAUCCAAGUACGUUUAAUUUCUUGAUAUUUCUUAAAUUAACAUGAAGUACAUCACUGUAAUGUCUUUAGCUGUGCAGUUGGAUCGUUGAAUUAGCGUAUACUGUACACAGAGAGUUCGCCAGUAUGAACGCACAUUUCGUUCAGAACGACUCGCACACGAUCAUUUGAACCGAUUCAUUUAAACUAUUGAACUUUUCAGUCACUAGCGAAUAUAAGUAAUGUUUUAUAUAACUUAAUAAUUGUCAUUUUUAUCUAAUUUUAUUAGAACUUUUAAUAUGUCAAACUCAAAGUCACUUUGGUUAAGCCACUUAAAGGUACGGUAGGCCUACGUGUGUGUGUACAAGAUCAGGAUGGCACCACCUCCGCCUCAUUUUGAGCCAGGAAAAACCCUGAUUGCUAAUGAAAAAUUAUACAAAUGAAAAGUUAUGUGGCAUUCGUCUAUUUAGCAUAGUUGGCAGAGUCGCCGGCCCUUUAAAAUGUUGUAUUGGUUGCAAAAAUAUUGAAUAUUUUUAAAGUCCGAAUUGGCUUAUGCAGAGAACUUUAACAGUAGAUGUUUCCAUUUCCAAUUGAAAGAUUCUUGAAGGGCAGCGCAAUAUAAUCAAAUGAA